AUGGCUAAUAUCAUGAGAUGGGCUACAAAGGCGCUUCGAAAACCUCCCUUAGUUCCCAUUAUUUUUCCUACUGGCGGUUUCGAGACCGUUCCUCCCUCGGUGGUGCUUGAAGAGGAACGUUUUGAGCAAUUCAAACAGGGACAAUAUUAUCCUGCUAACAUCGGCGACGUGCUUACUUCCAGAUACCAGGUUAUCGGUAAACUUGGUUUUGGGACUACUUCGACUGUAUGGCUGGCUCGCGAUCUUGAAUAUGUGACACUCAAAAUCUACACUCUCGGCGAAGAUAACCAGGAAGAGUUUCAGAUCUAUAAGAAACUAAACCAAGGGAGUUCACGGCACCCUGGUCAUGCUCAUAUCAGAAAAGCACUAGAUAUCUUCACAAUCUCCUCAUCAUGUGGUAGCCAUUCGUGUCUUGUUCAGAAGCCAAUGUGGGAGAGCUUCAGGGACCUCCUUUAUCGAAAUCCUAACUAUCGAUUUACUGAAGAUCUCCUCAAAUCUGGUCUCUUGCAAAUAUUUCUUGCACUUGACUACUUACACACAGAAUGCAAGCUUGUCCAUACAGACAUUAAAAGCGAUAACAUUCUCCAGGAAAUAGAAGACAAGUCCAUUCUUGAAAGUUUUACCCAAGCUGAGCUGAAGAGCCCUUCACCCCGCAAAAUCGUCAAUGGUUUGCCAAUUUACACGUCACGCCGUUUUGACUUGCCGAAGGUAUUUGGCCGAGCGGUUUUAAGUGAUUUUGGCUCUGCUGUACGAGGAGAUGAGAAAAGGAACCACGAUGCACAGCCAAAUGUUUAUAGGUCGCCGGAAGUCAUGCUGAAGACUGAUUGGAGCUAUCCGGUCGAUAUAUGGAAUGUUGGUGCCAUGGUAUGCUUUGCCUAUUUCUUCCUCUCCCUCAUCAUCAGUACUAAUCACUUUGGAAAAAUAGGUGUGGGAUUUGUUUGA